ACGGGAGCGACGGACCUACGGGCGAGCUGUGCCAUGACGAAUUAAGGAAGGGUUCCGGUGCCGCGCGAGCACUUCCUGUUGCGUCACGCGAAAGUGUGUCGCUGGGCUACGAAGAUGAGUAGUAUUGCACCGCGCAAGGGCACGCGACGAGCAUGCGACCCUUGCUCUGUCAGAAAAGUGCGCUGUGACGGCAACCAACCGUGUACCCGGUGUGAAGCUGCAAGCUGGGAAUGUACCUAUUUAAAGACGCAUGGGAAAUCCGGCCCCAAAGGACCCCGUCGAACUACAGAAGCCGCUAUCAGAAGGUUGCAGGAGCGCAGCAAGAGCAGUCAAGACGGGUCAAGGAGUAACAGUGAGGCAAGCUUCGAUCUUGGAAGUCCGAGUCCAACCGAGUUUCCGUACAUCGAACAACUGCCACCCAUCAGUGAUGUUGAGGUGGAGCAGCUGGGAUGGUCCGACACGAUCAGCCCGACGUUCCCAACGACGCAAAGUAAGCCCCAGCGGAUAUCGACAUCCUGCAUCUCUCAGUAUCUGGACGUCUACCAAUCACGAGGGUACGGCAUCUGGCCCGUGGUUGAUGCUGAAGCAUUGACUGCACGUCUUCUUACUCAUCCUGACGAUGUGGAGGCGUACGCCCUGGCGACUGCUAUAUCUGCCGCCAUUGUGAGCCAGUUUUCUAUCGAUGCUGAGCCAGGCAGUCCAGUCGAAGGACACUACCGUGUGUCGAGUGGUGUGUUUGAGGUAGAGGCAAGGCGUACACGCGACGAAUCGGAUCAUAUGGAACACACUACCGUCUUUUCGAUACUGGGCAGCUUCUUCCUGCACGUAUAUUCUGCCAACAUCGGUCGCAUGAACGCUUCAACGGUUUAUCUUGGAGAAGCAAUCACGAAAGCACACAUCCUUGGGCUGCACAAGACUUCCUACUACGAGUUCAUGAGUAUCGAGCAGGUGCAGCAGAAUUUAAGACUGUACUGGCUUCUGUUUAUUACUGAGAGGGCACAUUCCAUUCAGCACGACGUACCAACAACACUGAAGCGAGCACCAGACCUACCAUCAUUGGAGAACCUGGACGACGGUUCAGUUACGCCAGCUUUCAUACAGCUAUGUCGCCUCUUUAACAUCCUGGACGUCACAAUUACAGCGGAUCCUUCCGCGGCUCGAGGAGCACUUGCCCUGGCUCAGCAGCAGCUCAGUAGUGACGAAGCCCCGCUGAGCCUUGAGAAUGAACUGCAACGGGCCGAUAUCUCCAUGACACAGCAGUGGAUGCGCAUAUUCCUCUGGCAGCAUGCACUGAACGUUACGAAUUUGAGCAGCAUGAAUAACGACAACGAGUUUUCUUUCUCUUUCCCGGCGCAAGUUGCGCAGAAUGUUCUGUCGAACCUCAGCAGUCUGAGCCAGCAGAGCGUAGAGGCACAUGGACCAGGAAUGUCAAAGCUCUUCGAUGUCGCCAACUCCUUAGCAGACGUUAUGAUCAUCAUGCCCUCAAUGAAUCACGAAUCGCAUUUUGGCAUCGGCCCUCGAGAUCUCAUCCACUCCCUUUCGCAAGUCCUUUCUUCAUUCCGAGGUGGAAACCCCGCGGUCAUCAACAUCCUCCAAGAUAAAUUGACGCAACUGGGCAUGGCUGUGGGGUUGCCGCAGAGGCUGCUCGAGAUGUCUUCGCCGGAAGAGGAGAAAAAAGAAUGGUAUGGCGAACGAUCUAUGUCUGCGCCUUCCAGUUGUGGUUCGUCGUAUCCUUCCGCCACGCCAUUAUCACCGACAUAUCCUGCGGGCAUGAACAUGGAUGGUCAGUCGCCAACGCUUCCGUCGAGUACGAGCAUGGUCGGCAACUAUUGAAGGGUUUGAGAUCAACCAGAUUCCGUCCAAUAUCACCAAUGUGUCCUUCAUGUCUAUCACUGACGUGACGAUAUUCAGUAACAAUAUACGACCAGUCCCCAUGCGGCGGAAAGGGUCGAACAUCUGCGUACAAGAUCUACAAGCCUCGCACAUAUGCACACACUCUACGUGACCUCGCAAUCCUGAUUGGCAAUAGACCAGCCACGUCAUUAACACGGCGGCCUUACUCUUGGAAUAUACCACCGCUGAUAUAAACACCAUCAUGGCAUCAUCGCCAGGACGUCAGAUUAGAUGGAAAUUGAAACAGGCAUCUUCAGGCUCUGCAACAUGCUGCAGUGUAAUCAUCGCUUGCAUGCGUCCAAGCUUACACUCG